CGGCGCGAAUGAAUUUGUACUGCUCGCUGCUCGAGAGUACGAUGAGCCUCAACCUUGUAUAAAACCGCGCAAGAUUGCCCUCGAUAUUCUACAAAAGAACAUCAGCUUGAUUUUCAUCCGCGCUCACCGAACCAAGCUAUACCAUUGCCCUUACAAUUGCUUCCGCUUUCAGAGCAAAUCGACAAAAGACCACAAUGCCUAACAAGUGGAAAAUUGUCAAGGACUUCGUGCUCCAAGGAGGCUACAAAAAGCUCCUGAACCCUACAGUAGGGAUGCACUUAACAGCAUUCCCCAAGACUGCGAGGGAUCUCGAGAGUUUGGGUGUGCGCUUCGACUACGCUGGACACGUUAUCGAAGAUGGCAAGAAGUUCCACCGUUUCCAGGUGCAAGUCAAUGCCGGAGACAAGAUUCCGAAAUCAUGGAAGGUGUGGAGGGAGAAACACAGCAAAGGAAAGGGUACGCAUGCUAUAAUAGCUACGAUCAAGGUCCCCGAUUCAGGCACGAAGGACGAUGUGGCGCAAGCUUUUGAUGAUGUCCAAGAUGAGAUCGAGUGAUUGUUGGCUUUGACAGCGUAUCGCUGGCACGAGGCGAUGACCGCCGGCCCCCCAUGUUUCAAUAAAGACUCGUUUUAACACGUGCACACUCAUCUCAUCAGACGCGUUAAAGUAUUCGAAUCCUACGAUCAAAGAAUUUUGCACACCCGCAAUCGUUGGUCGGAAUAAUUCAGGUGACCUUACCGAUUUAAUGAUGAAAGUAUCCAUGGAUGGG